AUGCACAAUCACGACUGUGCUAAUGACUACGACCACAUUAGUGGUAUAACGUAUGACAUAUCUUCACACAAGGGCAGCAACAGCACCCGCAGCAUUCUUAGCCGCCUCUUUGGCCAAGAACGCAACAACCGCCAUCCGUACGGUGUGGAUGCCGUUUUCCUGCCCACUUCCACGCUUUAUGAUGGCAGGCUGUCACCCGACAUAUCGCAGUAUUAUAACACCACCUCUGAAUCGGAAGAGGUAGCCCCGACUGGGGCCCCCUACGCCUUCUACCAUAGAGCCCUCAAGUGGGGUGACCAAGCCCACAUCACGUCAUGUGCCCGCUUCACAUGCGCCUAGCCUUCAGGUUUUUCAGGCACAGAGACAGACCAGUCGGUUCAGCUACUUUUUAAUUUAUAGUUUUUGUGCGAUAUUCGCUCUCAAAGUCGCCACACCCGAUAUACCACUCGAACGUGAUCGGUGGGGGUUGAACCGACGACUUCAGAAUCGUGAAUUUUCACGAGGUCUCGAU